GUGUAGGUUAGGUGUGCGCCGUUUCUGGGCCCUUUAAAGCAGCAUCGCUACGCCCUCUGCGAUCCCUUGCACAUUGGCUGCAUGUGUGUAUGCGCGUGUGGCUCAUUGUGUCUCUAACUGCCUUCACUAGUAGCUGCGUCUUUAUAUGUCUGUGUAUAUGUGCGUGAGACCCUGUCUAACCGGCCGGCUUCGUGCUUUUUGCGACUAGCGUUACCUGUUAACGGCCUGCAUCGGCUGUAUGUCGCAGCAGCAUCAGCGAUGCUGAUCGCAGAGAGUAAAUGAAGACAGGCAACAGCAGUCAUUUGAGAUUCGGGGCGUCCAAUUACAGUUCGUUGCAAGACGACAAGUGCAUCAACAAGAUCGUAAGCAGGCCAGCGAGUAAGCCACAGAAUACCGCAUAAGCAAUUAUUAUCUGUUCCGGUUGUGUGGUCGCUUGUUUUUUGCUAAAGCACGCUCCAGUAUACCACUUGCUGGCCGUGUAAACGCACUGCAUUGCUAGCACCAAACCGUUCGUUGCUUCUUUGCCACCGCGAUCAAGCGCCUCUACCGAAAGCUAAAAACGAACGGUCUUUGUUGCGGCGGCCCCGUGACCGUCGUCAUCGUCGUCACCGCCGCACCGUCGCCGCCGCCGCCGCCGCUAAGGGGAAAGGGCAUACGCAGCACAAACGACAAACAUCAGCAUCAUCAGUCGCCACAGCAGACCACCCCUUUCGGCCGGCGGUAAACAGCUAACUGACCGCUGACCAACGUGUUCUGUGCCUCUGCCCGGAUCGCCAUUGUCGUGCUCGUCAUUUUACUCUGCUAUUUCGGCGGAGAGAGCGUCGGCGUCCGCCAGUUGAGGAAGAGUUGAACUUUGUGUGGCCGUUUCGUACGACUGUGCCUGUAGACGUGUGUGCCUGUCCAUUUCUCCGACUCUGUCUGGACGUGCUUUGCGUCCCUGUGUGCGCAUCUGUGUCUGCGUGUAUCUGAGUGCACUUGUGCGUCUGUUUGCGACCGGCAACGCCAGCAGCCAACACGAGCGGAGAAGCGGGCGGCGGCUACCAGCAGCAGCACGAUCACAGCAGCUAACGCCAGCUAGCUAGCGGACGGCUGGAUAGCGGUAGCAGUAGCAGCAGCAACAGCAGCAGCAGCAGCAGCAGCAGCCGCCGCCGCCGCCGCCGCCGCCGCCGCCGCCGCGGGAGACGGGAGAUGAGCAAGCGAGCGAGCGGGCGAGCGAACGAGAGAGCGAGGUGAGCCGAAAACGGAUCAUCGGACCGACCCAACCGAGCCUGGCCGCGUCGGGCAGCAACAGCAUCGGCGCCAGCACCAAAACGACCACGACGUUGAUCACCAGAGCGACGGGCAGCAGCAAGCGACGGACAUACGACCGACCCUGUCUGCCGUUUGAGCUGCUGCUGCUGCUGCUGCAACGGUGCGAGCGGCUGCAUCCCUUCCGAAUAGCGACGGAAAGGCGACGGCAGCGGCCAGUAGUAGCGGCUGCCACAGCAGAAGUAAACGAGCAGUCGCUAGCGAAAAAAAAACAACGGAACGAAGGGAAAUUAGACUCUGCCACUACUCUGAUACUGGAAGUGUCAAAUAAAGAUAACUGAACAGAGUUGACUCCAGCUCUGACUGUCCUCGAGGAAAUAGACGCGCUACAACUACGAGUACUGCCAGCGCUAUCCGGGUUGUGGCAGUCCUUAUCUGACCAGGAGAACAGGAGAACUCGGCUAGCCAAAAGGGAAACAGAACCGGGCCGGAGAACAAGAUGGGAGACAAGGACGAUCAGCUGUUUGUCUACAGGUAUUACUUACGACAGCAGCUAAAAAGAAGUAAGACAGAAGACAUAUUUUUGAAUUUUUGCCCAAAACCUAUGGCAGCCAUCACGGUAUCAAGUUGUGUUGAUUUGCUCCACGUCACCUGCUGCUAGAUCGAGAAGAGGAUGCAGACUCGCAAGCGGCAUCGUCUCACUGUGACCUUAAGUCAUAUUACGUUGUGUUACCGUUACGUCAGUCAACGAACAGCUCUAUCUUCUCGUGCUAUAACCGUGUUGUUAAUAUCCCGCCUCCACUAAAUCCCGGCGAAUUUAGUCAGCUCGUCGGAUUCAGUCCCGUGUUUGCUUCACGCUGCGCAGUACGGUCGCGGUGACAGUUAUAGAACGGCGGUGAAUAAAGGUGGUGCGCCCGACGAUGGUCGAACAGCGGACGGGCGGCCCCGUGUGGCCAAGAAGAAGGGCGAAAAGGACCUGGACGCUCUCAAGCAGGAAGUCGAGAUGGACGAGCACAAGAUCGCGCUGGAAGACCUCUACGCCCGACUGGGCACGAAUCCCACCACGGGGUUGACGAGCCAGCGGGCACGCGAGGUUCUAGAGAGGGAUGGGCCAAACGCACUUACUCCACCGAAGAAAACACCUGAGUGGGUUAAAUUUUGCAAGAAUCUCUUCGGAGGAUUUUCACUUCUUCUGUGGAUAGGUGCCGUACUGUGCUUCAUCGCCUACUCGAUCCAGGCGACUACAUUCGAAGAGCCUCCCGACGAUAACCUGUACCUUGGAAUUGUACUCGCCGUCGUAGUGAUUGUCACCGGUUGCUUCUCAUACUAUCAGGAAGCUAGAUCGUCCAAGAUUAUGGAAUCGUUCAAAAACAUGGUACCGCAAUAUGCCGUUGUUAUUAGGGACGGCCAUAAGAUGAACCUUCCCGCCGAAGAAGUUGUGGCCGGAGAUAUUGUCGAAGUCAAAGGCGGCGACAGAGUUCCUGCCGAUAUGCGUGUUAUUCAGGCACAAGGCUUUAAGGUGGACAACUCUUCACUGACAGGAGAAUCUGAGCCUCAGACGCGUUCCCCGGAAAUGACGAACGAGAACCCACUGGAAACCAGGAAUCUUGCAUUCUUCUCCACCAACUGUGUCGAAGGAACCGGACUAGGCGUGGUGAUUAACACUGGUGAUCGUACCGUUAUGGGUCGAAUUGCCAACCUCGCCUCGGGUCUGGAGAUGGGUGAGACACCUAUUGCACGUGAAAUUGCCCACUUCAUUCAUAUCAUCACGGGAGUGGCCGUAUUCCUGGGAGUGUCCUUUUUCAUCAUUGCCUUUAUCCUUGGAUACCACUGGCUUGAUGCUGUCAUCUUCCUUAUCGGAAUCAUCGUAGCCAACGUACCCGAAGGACUACUGGCCACCGUAACAGUAUGCCUGACUCUGACCGCUAAACGUAUGGCUGCCAAGAACUGCCUCGUGAAGAAUCUCGAGGCUGUCGAAACCCUUGGCUCCACCUCGACCAUUUGUUCCGACAAGACCGGCACUCUUACCCAGAAUCGUAUGACUGUCGCCCACAUGUGGUUUGACAACCAGAUCAUUGAAGCGGAUACCACUGAAGAUCAGUCUGGCGUACAGUAUGACAAGACUUCGACCGGCUGGAAGGCCUUGGCCCGCGUAUGCAUGCUCUGCUCACGUGCCGAGUUUAAAUCGGGACAAGAGAACGUGCCAAUUUUGAAGCGCGAGUGCUCCGGAGAUGCCUCUGAACAAGCCAUUCUCAAGUGUAUGGAGCUUGCAGUCGGCAAUAUUUCCUCCUACAGACAGCGCAACCACAAGAUCUGCGAAGUACCAUUCAAUUCAACCAACAAAUACCACGUCACUAUUCACGAGACCGAGGAUCCCGACGAUCCUAGCUAUGUUCUUUGCAUGAAGGGUGCCCCCGAGCGUAUCCUCGACCGCUGCGGAACAAUAUUCAUCAACGGCAAGGAGAAGGUUCUCGAUGAAGAGAUGAAAGAGGCCUUCAACAACGCCUAUCUGGAACUGGGAGGACUGGGAGAACGCGUCAUUGGCUUCUGCGACUUCAAACUCCCUGCCGACCAGUAUCCCAAGGGUUACCCAUUCGAUGCUGACGAGCAGAAUUUCCCUCUGACCAACCUCCGUUUCCUUGGUCUCGUAUCUAUGAUUGAUCCUCCCCGUGCGGCCGUACCAGACGCUGUUGCUAAAUGCAGAUCCGCUGGUAUCAAAGUUAUCAUGGUAACCGGCGAUCACCCAAUCACUGCCAAAGCUAUUGCGAAGGCCGUCGGAAUUAUUUCAGAGGGCAACGAAACCGUUGAAGAUAUUGCCCAGCGCAUGAACAUUCCUGUCGAAGAAGUUAACCCACGGGAUGCGAAAGCUGCCGUCAUUCACGGCUCGGAGCUUCGUGACAUUCAAACCGAACAGCUCGACGAUAUUCUACGACACCACAGCGAGAUUGUAUUUGCGCGAACUUCACCCCAACAAAAGUUGAUCAUUGUCGAAGGUUGCCAACGCUUGGGCGCCAUUGUCGCUGUAACCGGUGACGGUGUGAACGAUUCACCUGCCCUGAAGAAGGCCGAUAUCGGAGUCGCUAUGGGUAUUUCCGGCUCUGAUGUAUCAAAACAGGCUGCCGACAUGAUCUUGCUUGACGAUAACUUCGCCUCAAUUGUUACAGGCGUUGAAGAGGGUCGACUAAUUUUCGAUAAUCUGAAAAAGUCUAUUGCGUAUACGCUCACAUCUAAUAUCCCCGAAAUUUCUCCUUUUCUUCUAUUCAUUCUCGCUGAUGUCCCAUUACCGCUGGGAACUGUCACCAUCCUCUGUAUUGAUCUUGGUACCGACAUGGUUCCCGCUGUUUCACUUGCUUACGAACAAGCCGAAUUGGACAUCAUGAAGCGUGCCCCUCGCGACCCGAAAAAGGAUAAACUUGUAAAUGAGAGAUUGAUUUCGAUCGCGUACGGUCAGAUCGGUAUGAUGCAGGCCGCUGCCGGUUUCUUCGCCUAUUUUGUGAUCAUGGGUGAAAAUGGCUUUUGGCCAUCGCGUCUCCUCGGCCUCCGUAAAGAGUGGGACUCAAAGGCGGUGAACGACCUCGAGGAUUCGUACGGACAGGAAUGGACGUACCACCACCGCAAAGCACUCGAGUUCACCUGCCACACUGCCUUCUUUGUCUCGAUUGUUAUCGUGCAAUGGGCCGAUCUUGUGAUCUGUAAGACACGACGUAACUCAAUUGUGCACCAGGGCAUGCGCAAUCACGUGCUGAACUUCGGUCUAGUCUUCGAGACAGCCCUGGCUGCUUUCCUCUCGUAUUGUCCAGGCAUGGAUAAAGGUCUGCGCAUGUAUCCACUCAAGAUCAACUGGUGGUUGCCGGCUAUUCCAUUCUCGAUUCUAAUUUUUGUGUAUGACGAGAUCCGUCGUUAUAUUCUCCGCAGAAACCCUGGUGGGUGGGUCGAACGCGAGACCUAUUAUUAAAUUGCACCUCUGGAAACACAAGCUGCAAUCGGGGGCUGCGUGGGGACUCUGCUGUCGCUGUACUAAUGUCACGUUCUGGGAUUUGACCGUACUGUUCCAGUUGACAAAGGAAUCGGACAUUAGAUCGAAAAUUAGCGACUACAACUUAAAACAACCACACCGCGGCCAUAUUAUAGCUCAAACGUUAACAUAUGCCAGCUAGACGAUAGGCACCUGUACAAGAGUUGGCAGAGGGAACGGCUAAUUCGUACGCGCUUGCGAAUUCAACCAUUAGUCAGUUAUUACGAAGGUGAAAAAGUGAGCAAAAAUCUGAAUUAACAUACGAAAGCGAAAAUGAGUUACUAAAAGAUUGAAAAGAAGCAAGAAAUAUUUGACACAUGUUGCCACUCAGCAGACCACGUAGCUGACGAUUAUAUCAGAAGCACUUACAACAACAACAACCACUGCAAACUACAACGCAAGCGAACAACAGUUGGACUAUGUCGUUACAUACUGUACGAACUACGAGCGUUACUUUUGCCGUAGACAUGCCUAAGCAAGAUGUUUUUAGACAAAAAAACAAAAUGAAAGCACUUGUUUCCGCUAUGAAGUUUUAAUAACGAUUACAAAAAUUCUAUUGAUGAUGAAAAUAAAAACAAACGAGAAUGAUGUGAUUAUAGGCUACCCAAUAGCCUUCUUCGAGUUGCAUUAUUAAGGCCUCUCCCGGCGGCGGCGUCUCCCGGUCAACUUGCUCAAUAUGCCAACCCUCUAGGGGAUACCCGACGCAAGCUGACGAGUUCGGCAGUCACACCCAGUACUACCAUUAUUACGCGGCCGCUCGCCAUUCUGUUCGACCCUCCACUGACGAAUUCUCGAUACCAGCCAAUUGUUCCAAAUAACGACAGAAAUCGAAGCUAUUGUGGUGCACAGUAGUGUGUAAGAACUAGACACAAUUAAACAUAGCCACACAAUGCAACCAAAAACAGCAACAGCAGCGGUAGAAAUUGUUGCAACAAGAAGAAGAAAUCAUCUUGAGAAUUAGAGGCCACCCCACUUCGUGGUGGCUGCUUGACUGCUUGUCGUCGAGCAAUGCAAAAAUGAUCGACCGAGACCACUAAAUCGGCGAAGUUUCCUGUUUCAUUGCAACAACAAUAACAACAACAAGUGGGAGCGACCUGCACAAGGCCACGACUCUGCGCGGCCAACGGGUCGGCCGCUGAACCGGCCACCGCCGCUGCUGUUCGUGCUGCUGAGCUUUCUCCUCUAAAUGAUAAAAAGGUAACAAAAGCAAAGAAGAUAGCUGUUGUAACCUUAAGCAAAAGAAUUAUAGAGCGCAAGUACGAGAGUUAGAUCUUAAGUAGAAACAAAAAAAUAUAUAUACAAAAAAAGUAUGUGUGUAAACAAGCGAGCAAGAAAUAGCGAGAGAAAGCGACUUCGAGAGAGAAAGGGGAUGUGAGGGUCAAGAAAAAUUUCGAGUGAAAUUAAGACAGGUGAACCGUUCGACUCGAAUGCUUUAGACGGUGUCAUCAUCUUAUCGGCGAUCCAUCGAAGAUUACUGCCAUUAUGACAACAUUCUAAGACUAUGAGCGAAAAAAUUAUGACAUCGAUCUCAGCCAACUGUUGAUAUUCCAAUACGAAGUGAAACAGCAAAGACAAACGAGUAUGAUUAUUCAAAAACCAACAACAAUAACAUACCAAAAUAAAGUCGGUACGUAGCCGAGGCUUGCAGCCUCAAUAAAUGGUCGCCUAUUAGCGGUAACCGUCAACGAUUUCAAACAUCGGUCCAAUUAGUACUGUACAUCAGCAGGCGGUGCAACAAGACAUACCCAAUCUCGAUUCCGCGUCGUACAUCCGUACAAACUGUAGUACACUAACCAUCAUAGAGAAACUUACACACGUAAUAAUUAUGUCGUCUUUACGUUCGGAUAAAAGUGAAUUGUUGCUGUUCCCAAUAUCCACAGAUCGUACUUUUAGCCGGUGAACAAAAUUAUAAUGAAACCACAACAAUGGCAAACACAGCAACAUAACCAAGAGCCGCGGCAGAAGAUACUAAAGCACGUAAUGCGACGAGUAGGAAAAUCUCUGGCGUCCCCCCGCUGUCUAGGCAGGAACAGCGUGUCAGACGGGCGACUUUUUUCCUGUGUGUGCCCUAUGAAUGCACAGAUUAGUAGAAGCUUUAAAUCGAUCUAUAGUUCAUAGCAGAAAAGUAGAUGGCCAUUCAACCCAACACUGCUAGACACAUGCGAGCAGACGACCAAACGUUACUAGAGCCUUCUGCUACGAAACAUCAACAAAAAACUAACGAACCAUGCGACAUUCGUUGUACAACUUAUGCCGCCAGUUACGUCGUUCAUCAACUUCACACACAGGAAACACUUCUGUUUAGCAAGAAACUAAUACUAUAUUAUACUGCGAUUGCCUGUACUUUUAUGAGCCUUUCUUGCCUGCACAAAACUGUGAACAGUAAAAGCAAACUGCCCCUGAUGGAUUAACCAUUCGUUAAUCAAUUUAGUUUUGUGUCCGGCGUACCGAUGUGCGUAUUGUCAAAAGGCUGUGGAGGCUAGAUCACCCCAAAGCGUUCCGAUAAAGUUGAAUCAUAAGAAAAGGUGAGAUUUGCUCUAGAAUUAUGGUCGUGACAAUUUGUUCAUGCGGAAACAGAUCUUCCAUACCGAAUGUAGUGUCAUCGAAGAUACCUACUGGGUUAAAUAAUAAACACAAAUAAUCAAUCGGUCGCUCGAAUGCUUUGAGAGCAACUAUUGAUCUAGAGUAAAGCUCUAAGAACAAUUAGUGCGAUUUAAGAAACUUAGGACUGCUUUUUAAAUAAUCAUUAAGAAUGAACAAAUAAUUUAUGAACGAACUAUUAGUAAUCAAGCAGAUUAUAGAUGAAUGCGGGAUGUUUGUUCCGAUGCUCGAAUCGAUUAAGUCGUCAUUAACCCAUUUCACUCCCGAUGCUUGUUCUACCCUUAACAGGGCCGGAAUUGCUACUUGUUUUUUAAUUUUCUUUUCAACUCUAUACAUGAUGUUGUUAGCAUUAAAUAUCACAGCGUAUGGCGCAAUGCCACACAAACCUGAUUGAUCAAUUGACCUAGAAGCACUCGCGUCUCAUUGGUGAUUCUUUCGUCAUCGAGUCAUUACGUCGUUAUACGUAAUAGCGUUUCUCAAAACAUCCAUAAAUAUAUGAUGGGUAUAUGUAUCGUUAAAUCGUAUCGUAUGAGUAUAUGUAAAGAUUAUCUUUACUGUCAACAAUAAAACCUCCUCUUCGUUCAAGGUACUUUUUCUAUGUACGGCUGUUUUUAUCUUCAACAGCUCUAACUAAAAGCCAUUCGUCCCUUAAAUGCUUAGCUAACAGUUGAGCUCUUAGAACGUGUGCGCUAAAGAAUCAUCUUCAGCUGCCUUGCUCGCGUUGACCCAGCUAAAUCAGCGUUUUCAGACAGAGGUAGGACUACCCUAGAUUGCGUUUCAAGGUAGGUAGAGGAGCAAUGUAUACUAUAUCAUAACCCACAUACUUGGCCAGUGCGAUUCACCGAAAGAAAUCGGUUGAAACAGAUGCGAAACGAAUAACUGUCCCAGCCAAUCAGCUAUUGUCAGAAAAAUAUUCAUCGAGUCGAUCCAGUUUCUUGCGAAAGAAGUCAACGGACAACGCAGUUCUUUAUCGCCAUCAAUUUCUCCACUGCAGAAGAUGCCCCUCUCACAACAUGUCACUUGACAAAUGACAAAACAAUGACGACAACAACAACAGGCUGGAAAUAACAUCCAUAAGAACAGCAAAGUGCAAUAUAAACAUUUAACAUUGACAACCAUGACACACAGAGCGAAAGAACUAGCAGGUCAUGAGGAAAAAAGCGAUAUAUAUAUAUAUAUAUAUAUAUAUCUACAAAUAACAUAGAAAUGAAGUAUUAGUAUCUAUAUAUAUGUUAACCAAUAUAUUGACGAAUUGGGUGUCUGUAUAAAAGUUUAGCGUGUGUGCUUGCGAAUAUAGCGAUGAUGAUGAUGAUGAUGAUGAUGAUCGUGGCGAUGAUGAUGAUGAUGAAGGCGUUCGGUGUCGAAGUAAUGCCAGUGGCAACGAUGUUUAGGGAAUCGAGCAAAGGUAGAAGGUAAACACAGAUCUUGCUGAUUCACACAAUCGUGAUCGCACGUGACCGUAGGUUGAUCGAUCGUGACGAGACAUUCGUCUCAACCCUGGAAGGAAAAAGGCAAAGCUUCCACAAUGAUGAAACAGAAUCUGGUCUGUGUUUAGUGAUUACGGUGAUGAUAAAAACAAUAUUCGUGAACUGAAAAUGUUGAUGAUGUGAAUAACGACGGAGGCCAUUCUAUUAAUUAUAUCUACUAUCACAACUACUAAUUACCACAACUGUACUACUAGUACUAGAUCUGUACUAGUAGGGCUAAAAUGGUGAAAAGCUGAUGACUGAGAUCGAUGGGAUGAGAUGGUGAAACUGAUAAUAUAAAUCAAAAGUUCAACACCGACAACAAAAAAAAAAAAAAAAAAAAAAACUA